AUGGACGUUGACGUUGAAGCUAUGCUUGAUGCUCCCUACCAAGAAAAGAGGGAAGACCCACAUGCCCCUUCUCACAGAGACCACAGAGACGAUGAACGCCGAAGCUCACGACACUCUGAACAUCGCCAUUCCUCCCGUUCCGACUCUCGUCAUCGAUCAUCACACCACCGUUCUGAUUCACGACACAGUAGCAGAAGAUAUCGUCGUUCUUCUCGAUCUCCUAGUAGAGAAAGAAGACACCGACGUUCACCUUCUCGUGAGUAUAAAAGAAGAAGUACUAGUAGACGACGCUCUAGAAGCCCUACUCGUAGAAGACGUAGUAGAAGCCCACCACCUCCUAUUCACCACCAUCAUGAUAGGUAUAAUGAUAGAAGAAGAGGAAGAGGAGGAAGAUCCCCUUCUCCACCUAUCCCAGAGGAAGAUAGAGACAGAAGAACAGUAUUUGUCACUCAAUUAGCUGCUCGUUUAACAACUCGUGAAUUGGAAGACUUUUUCUCUCAAGCUGGUAGACUUCGUGAGGCCAAAAUCAUUACGGACCGCAACUCCAGAAAAUCCAAAGGUGUGGGCUACGUAGAGUUUUACGAAGAGGUAUCUGUACAAAACGCUUUAGCAUUAUCAGGACAAAAACUUUUAGGCAUACCUGUCAUGGUAUCAUUGUCAGAAGCCGAAAAGAACAGAUUGGCCCUGCAAGCACAAAGAAACGCUAUGGGAUUAUCGGCAGAGCCUACCUAUCAAAGAUUGUACGUCGGGUCACUUCACUUUAGUUUGACAGAAGAUGAUGUCCGUCAGAUUUUUGAACCUUUUGGUGCUUUGGAAUUUGUCAACCUUCAUAAAGAUCCUGAAACAGGUCGUUCAAAGGGGUUUGGUUUCAUUCAAUACAAAAAUGGGGAAGAUGCUAAGCAAGCUUUAGAAAAGAUGAAUGGAUUUGAAUUGGCUGGCAGAAACCUCAAAGUGGGUCUUGUCACUGAAAAGAACACAUUAGCCAGCGGCCUCAAUUACAACUUGGAUGAUGAAGAAACUGAGGGCGUUGCUUUGAACUCCAUGUCAAGAGCUGAACUGAUGGCCAAGCUAGCAGCCAGAGACCCUACCUCAGAUCAUGGUUCUCCUGUUCAUGUUGCCGCACCCAUUGCACCACCCAAGCCCUUCAUCCCUGCUGCCGCUUCUCGUUAUGUCAUGUUGAACAACAUGUUCAAUCCUGCCGAGGAGACAGAGCCUGACUGGGUAAGCGACCUCGAAUCUGAUAUUAAAAUAGAAUGUGAAAAGUACGGUGCUGUAGAACAUAUCAAAGUGAAUGGUGAUUCCAUGGGCGAAGUAUUCCUCAAGUUUGACAAUAUCGGAUCAGCCGAAAAGGCAGUUGCUGCGUUGAAUGGUAGAUGGUUUGGUGGCAAACAAAUCACGGCAUCCUAUGUCUCUGAAGCUAUUUUCAAUGCAAAUGCUCUUUAA